AUGCAAAUCAAAUAUUUGCUUUUGAUAAGUCUUCUGCUUACAAUAACUCAGUAAGUGACAGUGACUAAAAAUGAUACCUGUGAUGAUUGUACAUAAUUCAAAUCUUCCUCUGAUUGUAAAUCAUUUGGAUGUACCUGGACGGAGAAAACAACCACAACCCCAGGAUCCUGUGCCAAAACUACUACACCACCACCUAUUGCUAUUACAAGAUAUUGUGAAACAAUAGAGACAACAAAUUGUGCUAAGACAUUUGGAUGUGCCUUAGUUGAAGGAAAAUGCACUCAUUUCACAGGAUGUUCAGCUUAUGUCAAAACUACACACUCAGACUGCUAAGCCAUAUCUUACAUGUGUAUUACUAAUGGAACAACAUGCACAAAUGCACUUGAAUGUGUUGGAUAUACUAAAGAAUAAUGUGAAACUACCCCUAGCUUGAAGAGCCCAUACAAAUGUAAACUUGAUGGAGAAACAUGUAGAGACUAUAAAUGUAUUGAGGCUGAUUCAUCACUUACAACUGAUUUAGCCUGCUCAACUUGGUUAUUAGGUUGUAGAUCAACAGGCGCUGGUUGUAUUGAUUUAGUACCACCAUGUGCUAGUUAUUAAGGUACUUCAGAAACAUGCCCAAAGAUGAAGGGAUCAGAUGGAAAUUGUGAAUUUAAUGCAGAUGGUAAUGUUUGUAAAGCAAGAGUAUGCACAGGUGCAGAUACUGGACUUAACACUAAUGAGGCUUGUGCUUAAUACUAAGUUGGAUGUGUAACAACAGGAAAGGGAUGUAUUGCAACAAGAGGAGCUUGUUCAACUUAUGAUGGAAAUGCUUCAACUUGUAUUGGAUAUAUUGGUACAGAUGGAGAAUGUGCUGGAGAUGCUACAGGUACUAAAUGCAGAGCUAGAUUAUGUAGUGAAAAAACUGCAACUACUGAUGCUGAGUGUGGAACUUGGAAGACUGGAUGCAAAUCAAAUGGAAAAUAAUGUGUUGAUUCAUUAAGUGCUUGUAGCUCAUAUGAUGGAACAACCACUACAUGUGCUGGUUUGAAAGGAUCAGAUGGUUAAUUGCAAAGGAACUUCAACAACAACAGCUAAAUGUGCCUUAAAAGAUUGUGUGACUGA